GACGCAGAGAUGCCGUGUCGUCUGCUGCUCGUUAUUGUGGCAGGCCUAAGGUCCCAGGCGUUAUAUAGGCCUCUGUAGGCUUUUGCGUGAUGAGCAUUAUUUAUUCAUUCUUCUGCCUCAUAGUCAGUUCCAAUUUGAUGUGCAAAGCCGACUCUACGCCGAUGGAUUACAUGGCACCCAUGGAUUGUCCAAAGGUGUACCUUCUUUUGUGCUGCAGUGGUCCGUUCCAUUAUACUUUCUAUUUAUGUUCACAAAAUGAACCCGCUCCGGGAGAUUCCGAAUUUAACAACCCUCGAGACACUAGAAUCGUGGAAUCCGCGAGGCAGGGAACUGGCAUCGCGUACUUGACGAGAUGUACAUAGCCUGCCAUGUCAGAGACCAAUACGAGGGAAGCCUAUGGCCUUAUGGCCACCCUUACGGCAUUGAAACAGAAGAACAAAUGCAGACAGAAACCCAGCCCUGCUCCACUAU